AUGGAUCAUGUGCAAGGAAUCACGUCUUCCUCAUCCUCGGUUCAUGGCGGAGAUGCUGCAUCGUAUUCUUCUUCCGUCUUACAGAACUACCCGCUCGUAUCAGCUCUCAUCGCCUUUGCGCUGGCGCAGCUCGCUAAGUUUCUUACCACCUGGUACACAGCUGCGAUCCUUCUCCUUGGUUGUGCAAUUCAGACGCUGCUGGAUCCGCUUUUCUUCUUUUUACUUUUCUGGAAUAGUGUUUGCUUCGAAUUCGUCGACGAUUGCUUUUGUCCUGCCGUUUCCUAGCGUCUUUCUGUUUCCCUCAUUCCUGUAUACGUGUCCAACAAGGGUUCUCUCUAGGUACCUUCCAUUUGUAUUAUUGUCUGCGCUCGUUUAAGUUAAAAUUUUGGGUGGAUAUAAAAUUGGCUGCCAAUUGCUUUCCCGAAGUGAUUGCUUCACGUUGAUGUGAAGUUCAGGUUAAUUAUUGUAUGAUAUCCUCAAAAUUAUUUUAAAAUGUUAUGAAAUAAAGAAAAUCCUGAAGGCAGUAAUGCCAAAAAAAAUCUCUAACUAUUUUUAAUACGUUAUCUAAUUAAUUUUCAUCAUUGAAUAGCCUACUCUCCAAGAAUGUUUUUUCCGUAGACGUCUUCGUAGGUCACUAUGGUUUAUCCCUUGAACCUGCUGAACCCACAAAAAAAGCAGGUUGUUCAGAAAACUCUACGAUUUGGACUUAUAUGACAGUUUAUCCUUGGCACCAAUCUUUCAAUCAUUUUUUUUGCUCAUAUUAUUGUUAGAGUAUGCAUUCAAAUUAUAUUUGUCAUUUUCGAGUAACGUUCUCUCCGUCAAACCCUUGUCUUUGUCUUUCAAAAGGAUGUUGACACCUUCUCCACAUCUCAAGGAAGGAGUGUCGUUUUAUUUUAAAUUCCGCUCUACAACUUGGACCUCAGUUAUUGCCUACAAAGAGUGACUAUAUCUAUGAUAUCAGCAAAAAACAAAUUCACCGAGACAGAUGCUUUCUAAUGUCUUAAGCCCAAAACCAAUCCCAGGGAAUUGUAAUCCUUCAUAGGGUCUCUGUCCACAUGCAGGCAGUCCGCAUUGGCUUGUAACUGAGUGUUGAAAUCGGAAGAACUAGUUAACCUGGCAGUAUUUGUUUGCAUAAAAUUCAUAUUUUCCCAUUUUUCUCACAGACUCUUUAAAUGAGCAUAAAGAAGACGAGUUCUAUUUUCAUUUAUCUUUCAUGCCUUGCUGUUCCAACCUCUCAGUUUGCAGAUCAUUCAUUUCCUUGAAUCUUUAAAAAUCCGUUCUCAAAGGUUGGGAUGGUCAUAAAUCUUACCUCUAUUGUCAUGUGUCUGAGGAAGAUGGAUGACAUUUUCCAAAGAUUAGGAUUGCCUUCUGUGUGUAUGGUGAUUGUAAUCAUUUAACAUUCUUGAUGAAAUGGUAUCUCUUCACGCUAAAUUCUGCAAGGAUUUAGCUCAAGGCAUUGUAAAGUUUGCAAUAGGCACAUAUCUGUGUUGUCUUAUGCCUGGAAAUAAUAACAUGCGUUCAAAACUUGGACUGGGAUCAACAUUUUCUUUACAAAUGAAAUAUUCUUUAUUAUAAAAAAGGGCAGGCAAAGCCCGAAGGAAGGCUGCUAUCCCAUUUCAUGGUCAUGAAAUCAUCUAUUUCAUCUGUUAAAAAGAAAAACCAAAAGUAAAUUGCUAGAGAAGUAUGGAAUCAUGUUCUCUAGAAUUUUAUCUUCUCUUGUAGGUUGUUUUCCACACUCAAAUCCUUUGGUGUUAAAACUCAUUCAUAUGUUGUUUUACGCACAGAUCUGAAAAAAACAAGGUGUAUACACCUCUACUUCAUAGUUUCAUUAGAGAACUAUAACUCAUCCAGACAUUGUUUCACUGAAGGUGCUAAGUAAAUGAAGUCUGUUUUCUUUGGGUUUCAACCUUUCAUCCAGGAAUCCCAUGUACAAGUAUUAUUUCCUGCCAUCGCAGUUCCAAGCUCCUUUAUUCAAUUUAAUGGAAAUUUUUCUCUCUCUAGUGAGACUAUCUUGUCUGCUUUCAUUGACGGUUGAACAGCACCCUCGAGUAAUAUGAUGGCAUAUAUGAAUAAAAUUAAUGGAGCAAAUAAAGUUCAUUUUUAAUUGAUGCUAGGAACCCUCAGAUUGUUUCCUUUUUCUGCCUCUUGUUCACAUUUUUUUUCUCCCUUUUCUGAAUCAAGCUAGAUAACUUACAUAGUCAUGGGCUUAUUUAUACUUUCCUUUUCCUGAGAUUUUUAAUUUCUUUUAGAUUUGCAGGUACAAAGAAAGACGCUGGGAUCUCAAGCAACUUAUUGGAUCUGGUGGAAUGCCAUCUUCCCACUCUGCCACUGUUACAGCUCUUGCUGUCUCCAUUGGAUUGAAAGAUGGCUUCGGUGGUUCGAUCUUUGCUACAGCAAUGAUAGUAGCGUGCGUUGUAAGCUCAAAAUCUCACUAUUAUGUCAUGUGUGAUUGUGCCAUAUCUUUUGUGAAUAUUAUGCCAACUUUUUUACCAUUUUUUUUCUAACAAAGAUCGUCUUCUGCUGCUUCUGUUCCGUUCAGUACUGGGUUAUAUGUACCAUUUUUGUAAGGUCGUCUUGCGACAUGGUCUUGGGAUGGAUACCUUUAUCUCGGUUUUCUAAGCAUUCUGCUCUAAGUCGAGAAACCCUUCAGUUUUAAAUUGGAAAAUAGAGAAGUGCUUGACCCUCCAAAGCAGAAACUAAUCCUCCUGAUCAGAAUGAUUUUUGUGCGAACACCCUUCUCUAUAAUUAUCUUUAAUGAUCUGCAUUAAAAGUGAAACUUUUACGUUCCAUCUCUUUUCGUUCUCUUUGCCCAUCUUUGACCGCAAUAAGUUUGAGGAAAGCUCGCAAGAAAAAAAUUAAAAAAAAUAUAGACCGUAGUUAUGGCUAUUCCAAUAUCCCUCAGCUGUAGUUAUUUCUCCAGGUUCCUGUGAGUUGAAUGUGAGUAUCAUGAAUUUUAUUAUAGAAAUGUAGUAUGCUUUUUCUGGUGCAUGCCACAUAUCUCGGCCAUCUUGGAAUUACCUCUCGACGCUCUCUCAUGUGAGAUUCACUCACAGGUGAUGCAUGAUGCUUUUGGUGUGAGAUUGCAUGCUGGCCGCCAAGCUGAGGUAUUAUCUCUUACUUUGGGUACUUAUAAAAAAAAUUCACUGUCUGGUCUCAGCUUUUUAGGCUUCUUUCCUCUCACUUCUUCCCAGUGCUGAGAUGAUUUCGCUUUCUAGGAUUAAAGUGGAUUAAAAUGUACUUAGAAUUAAAAUUUGGACUAAAGUUUUCUGUGUGCAAUGCUACACCGAACUAUUGACUAUUUAAGAUCCUCUCAUUUUACUGGUUGAAGUCUAACUUUAUUCAUAAUUGGUCUUAAAUCUUUGCUUCCGUAGGUACUGAAUCAGAUUGUGUUUGAACUUCCCAUCGAGCACCCUCUGGCCAAUACGAGGCCGCUGCAUGAACUUCUCGGUCACACUCCUCUUCAGGUUUUUUUCUGACUUAAAACUUGAAUUCCCAAGAUAGAAACUAUUUCUUAUUGAGAUAUCUCGGUCACUCGUGCUGCUCGAAGUGUUUUAUUAAAACAAAAGAAGAAGAAGGAAUUCCUCCAACCCAGUGAAUCUUCUGGGCACAAGAUGGUAUUUUGCCUUAUGCACGAGUCUCUCUUGCAAUGGGUUUUAAUAGAUAAGCUUAUUUCCCGUCUGUCUAUCCAUAUUAAAAACUCCAGAAUAUGUCUCAGUUUCGGUUAUUUGGUUGCUGGAUUAAUAAUGUACUGAAUUAAAGAGGGUUUUCAAAUCAAUAUUGAAAAAAAGAACAAAUUAAUCCUGCAUUUUACUUCCUCGUGAACUCAGAGAACCAAUCUCUCUCUCAAAACCCAUCCCAGGUUAUCGCUGGUGCACUGCUGGGGUUUGUGAUCGCCAUCAUUGCUUACUUGAUCAACAAAAUUGGGAGCUGA